AUGGCGAGCAGCAGCGGCUCUAAAGCCGAGUUUAUUGUCGGUGGGAAAUACAAGCUGGUGCGGAAAAUCGGAUCUGGCUCUUUUGGGGACAUUUACCUGGCGAUCAACAUCACUAACGGCGAGGAAGUUGCUGUAAAACUUGAGUCGCAGAAAGCCCGUCACCCACAGUUGUUGUAUGAAAGUAAACUAUAUAAGAUCUUGCAAGGAGGAGUUGGUAUCCCACACAUCCGGUGGUAUGGACAAGAAAAAGAUUACAAUGUUCUAGUCAUGGAUCUGCUUGGGCCAAGUCUCGAAGAUCUGUUCAACUUUUGUUCGCGCAGGUUCACAAUGAAAACUGUGCUUAUGUUAGCAGACCAGAUGAUCAGUAGAAUUGAAUAUGUACACACAAAGAAUUUUAUACACAGAGACAUCAAACCAGACAACUUUCUAAUGGGCAUCGGACGUCACUGUAAUAAGUGUUUCGAAUCUCCAGUGGGGAAGAGGAAAAGAAGCAUGACUGUUAGUACUUCUCAGGACCCAUCUUUCUCAGGAUUAAACCAGUUAUUCCUUAUAGACUUUGGUUUGGCCAAAAAGUACAGAGACAACAGAACAAGGCAACACAUACCAUACAGAGAAGACAAAAACUUGACUGGCACAGCCCGCUACGCUAGUAUCAAUGCCCACUUAGGAAUUGAGCAGAGUCGUCGUGAUGAUAUGGAGUCUCUAGGAUAUGUACUAAUGUAUUUCAACAGAACUAGCCUUCCUUGGCAAGGGCUGAAGGCAGCAACCAAGAAACAGAAGUAUGAAAAAAUCAGCGAAAAGAAGAUGUCCACUCCUGUUGAAGUUUUGUGCAAGGGAUUUCCUGCAGAGUUUGCCAUGUAUCUCAAUUACUGUCGUGGAUUGCGCUUUGAGGAGGCACCAGAUUAUAUGUAUCUGAGGCAGCUCUUCCGAAUUCUGUUCAGAACUUUGAACCAUCAGUACGACUACACAUUUGACUGGACAAUGCUCAAGCAGAAGGCAGCUCAGCAAGCAGCCUCCUCCAGUGGGCAGGGCCAGCAAGCCCAAACCCCCACAGGCAAGCAAACUGACAAAUCCAAGAGUAACAUGAAAGGU